AACCUCCCAACAAAACGAGUCGGGAUAAGAGGAUAAGCCGACGUGUCGCCCCCUUUCCGCGCUCCUGGCUUCCGCCCGCCUACCUAAGCCGUCCGACGCACAACUCGCUGCCGUUUCCUCCUCUCUGUGUCACGCCAAGUUCACGCCAGGAGAGAUGAGGGCUGCGUCGUCGCCCGUUCUCGCCGCACUCUCUGCCACCGUCGUCGUAAAGCCACCGCCGCCUCGUGCCGCAGCGACGAGUGCGAAUGGCGGCAGCACCAGCACCAGCAGGCGCGGCGUGCUCGCCGGGACCGGCCUGGGCGCGGCGCUGGCGCUUGUUGUUGCUGCGGCGCGCGCGGCGGACGAGGAGUACGUGGACGAGACGAAGGAGGUGAUCGGGAAGGUACGGUCGACGAUCAGCAUGGACAAGUCGGACCCGAACGUGGCGGACGCGGUGGCGGAGCUCCGGGAGCUGUCCAACUCGUGGGUGGCCAAGUACCGGCGGGAGAAGACGCUGCUGGGGCGGCCGUCGUUCCGGGAGAUGUACUCGGCGCUCAACGCCGUGUCGGGCCACUACAUCAGCUUCGGCCCCACGGCGCCCAUCCCGGCCAAGCGCCGCGCGCGCAUCCUCGAGGAGAUGGACACCGCCGAGAAGGCGCUCCUCCGCGGCAGGUAGGUGAAUGGAUCAGUGAAGCGCGAGACACAGCGGCGGCCGCGCGCGCGGCUGGUUUCUGGCAGGAACGCGCGUGUGCCCGUUUUUUUGUAACUAUUGCCAUGCAUAUGCAUUGCGUGUUUGGACCGGAUGGGAACUGGUCGAGUUGCUCCGAUUUUUCGAUAUGAGUUUGUGACCUUUCACUCUCUUCGUGUAUCGAUCCUGUAAAGACUCUUUGAAUCAGCUAGCAGCUGACAUGGUGAGAACACUAUUGCGUUUGGGAA